GUCCUGCUCACGUGCCCUCUCCAGAAGAUUCCUGCGCGCCUGCCUGCGCCGGAAGGGCAGGUCGGACUUGCUCACAACCACAAUACACCGCGCGCAUCCUCUGCCCUCCUCCCAGACAAUCACCCACAAACGAGCGACCAUCGAGCAGUGCGAUAGCCCGAACGCGUUGCAGCCCGCCAUGGCGUCGAUCCGGCACGAAUUCUACGAGACCGACGAACGGCUCACCAUCUCCAUCUUCGACAAGGGCGCGGAUCCCCAGCAGGUCUCCGUCACCUUUGAGUCCCGCAGGCUAUCCUACGAACACGGUGACAAGAAACUCAAUCUCGCGCCCCUCAAGGGCCAGAUUGAUGCCGACAAGAGCGACUACACCGUUGGGAAGGUCAAGGUCGAGAUCCGUCUCGCCAAAGUCGUGCCUGGCCGUUGGGGAUCUUUGGUCAGCGAUAGUCCAGACCCCCUCGCUGCGACCCCAGCGACCUUUACUCCGAGCGCAACCGCACCCGUCGAAGCUGCCCGCAAGAACCCCAAGAAGAACUGGGACUCGAUCACGCAGACGAUCCUCUCCUCCGACAAGGAGAUCACGUCGAGCGAUGACCCGAAUGCAGGCGGCGACGCAGCUGUCAACGGCUUCUUCCAGAAACUUUAUGCAGACGCGGACGAGGACACGCGCCGCGCGAUGCUCAAGAGUUACCAGGAGAGCGGUGGCACGACGCUCAGCACAAACUGGGACGAAGUCGGGAAGGGCAAGGUCGAUGUCAAGCCGCCCGAGGGCAGCGAGUGGAAGAAGUGGGGCGCGUAAGGUGAUGCGAAGAUGCAAUGAACCAAAUCUCAACGUUGUAUUCUUGGGUUUCACGAAUCCCGUCGUGCGGAACUUGCUUUGAAAUAUUGCUCUGUGUUGCAUACGUUGUUAUGCUGACUGUCAAUGUAACCGCAAUUUCUUGUUCA